AUGGACGGGCCAAGCUCCGUAAUUGUUCCGCUAUACGUCUACCCCUCAGCAGGCGCAUGGGAUCCGUUUCACGAUGUAGCAUCGUCGUUCCCUCGCAUACACUUUACGGUUGUGAUCAAUGUGCAUAACGGGCCUGGAGAGGGUGCACUACCGAACGCAGAAUAUACCGCAGCCAUCGAGGCGCUCAACUCGCUCAGCAAUGUACGCACUAUCGGUUAUGUGGCAACCACGUGGUGUACCAGGGACUUGAGUUCUGUACUGGAUGAUAUCGCCGCCUUUUCAUUUUGGGGAGAAUAUGAUCCUUCACUGGCUUUGAGUGGUGUCUUUGUCGAUGAGACGCCUACACAAUACUCUACAGACUAUGCAGUGUAUCUCGAUAGCAUCACUCAAGCAGUUCAAGACAGCGCCGGACUAAAGGACAGCUUCAUUGUUCACAACCCUGGGGCUCUUCCAGAGCCUGCUUACUUUGAUGAGGCACUGUUCAAUGCACCGGACUUAACCGUUAUUUUCGAGAACUCAUUUUCCAAUUGGACGGUUGAGGGUGGCGAGCUUUUCAAGGUGACGGAUUCAUAUGAUCGCGAAAAGCUUGCACUGCUUGUGCAUUCUACACCGGAUCUGACAAUUCUUGAGAUGGCUAGUAUGCUAUUGCAGUUACUAGCCCUGGGCCGCAGCAUCUGGAUGACAGCUAGCUCGGAUUAUACCGAUCUCGACGGUGUGCUGCCUGCGUUCAUCGAAGGCGUGGCUGCGCUGCUGAGGUGA